CGGAGGUAUCGUGCAACGUAGUCAUCAGCGUCUUAUAGACAGUCAGUUUGCUACUAUGAUUAUUGCGACUAUCCGCCGCGAACGAUUACUUGGCUUGGAUGAUCAUCAGUCUUUGCAGUGAGGCCGCAGAAUGGAACCCCGCCACAAUAUUAUCAAGUUAGUGGUCCCUGGAUCUGCGGGUGAAACCGAAACCCUCCAUGUUCAUCAAGGGGUCCUGUGCAAAAGUCCUGAGUUCUUCCAACGCACGAUGAAACCAGAGUGGACCAACUUAAAGGAUAAACCAUACAUCAUCGAGCUCCCUGAUGAUACUGUGGAUACCGUAAGCGACUCUGUAAAGUGGCUCUAUGCUGGGAGCAUGUCCUUGACGUUAUACAAAGCGGACGAUGAACACAGGAGAGAGAAAGUAGCUAAAGAAGCUGACAAAGUCUUCGUGCUGCUUGCAGAAGCUUAUGUGUUUGGAGAGAAGAUCCUCGAUGCGGGUUACAAGAAUGCAGUGAUGAAGACCUUGGAAGCGGCUAAGGAGAGUUCAAGAAGGAACAUGGGGCCGGAAAGCGUUGGCAUUUGUUACAAGGGUACACCUCCUGGGUCACCUUUGAGGUGUCAGAUUGCUGAAAGCGUUGCACACCUAGCUCAUGACGAUACGGAGAAUGGUAUUGGUCGGAUGUCUUUUAUCGAUGGAUAUCCCAAGGAGGCAUUGGCGGAUGCUUUGAAGGCUACGCUGAGGCUGCGGUGCAAACUGGAAGAGGAUACUCAGAAUGGUACGAAGUCGAAUUACCUUGAAAAUUACUUGUAUAAUAGUCAUCCACUGCGUUAGGGUACUAUAGAAAACAAGCGGUCAAAGGCACAUAUAGUUCAGCAACCUCCCUCAAUAUGCUCGGUUUCAAAGAUCAGAUGAUCGAGAAAGCACAAGAUCGGAGGGAAAGAACUGGAUAUGUUCUGAUAGUAUCGAGGCAUUUGGAGAACGCUUUGGAUAGUGUGACUUAUAAAGCAAAAAUAUUCUAUAA